GGCUCGAGGCGCGGUCCGCCCGAGCGCCGCCGCGUCCGCGCGCCAGUCUCCUUCCCCGCGUCGGGCGGUGGCGCGGCGGCCCCCCGCGGGGGCGGUCGGCGCAGGCCUCAAGCCAUGGACCACCACGCGGCCUCCGAGCAGCGGUCCGCCGAGAUGCGGAUGCUGAGCCAGAAGCUCGCCGAGACAGGCGAGCGCCAGAAGCUGAAGGAGCACAUCGUGUCCGUCCUGACCGAGUGCGGCUGGAGGGACGAGCUGAAGAAGCACUGCGUCCAGCACGUCCAGGACAGAGGCGUCGAGAAGGUCACCAUUCAGGACAUCACGGCCGCCAUCUCGCCCCCCGGGGCCGCGCGACGCUCCCGGACUCCCUGAAAACCGACCUCCUGAACCGCCUCCGGGCCUUCGCGGAGGAGCAGGGGCUGGAGCCUUCGCAGUGAGGCUCUGCAGGCCCCCAUUUGCAGGAGCAGCAGGCCUUGUACUCCUCGAGUCUCUCCCCCCCCUCCCCUCUCCUCCCA